UAUUUUUGUUUUUGUGAUUAAAUAUUAUAACUAAAAAAUGAUUUGUUUUGUUGGAUGUUUUUAAAGGAGAGACAGUUUAUUAUUGUUUUACUGGAUUGGGAAGAUAAGUAGUUAGAAUGUAAUGGUAGAAGAAACGCGAUCUAUUGUUUUGAUUGUCCUUUCCAUAUUUUCUAAAUAAACGACUAUAAGUAUUGUUAACAAAAGUGGAAAAGAGUUGAAUACAUCUGAUUAGGAUUUAUAUUUAAACCCGAUAAGAUGCAAUGCAUAUUCCCAUUCAUUCGUAACGAUAAGUGGAACAGAGCGUGUUAGGUUAUAAUCACUAUCAUGAUUACUUUAGGCUUAUAAAUUUGUGAUUUUUGUGCUGAAGAAAAUGCUGCACUCCAGUUUUAUUCACCGUACAGGGAUAGAUAAAACAGUGUGUAAUAUUUUCAACAAGAUAUUUACAAUAUCUUGCAGAUAGUAACUCUCCGGACUUGGUACAAAACACAGUUAAAAUGGAGGAAUUUUUACCAUCUGAAAUUGCCAGAGCUGUGUAUGGGUACUUACUGUCUGUGGGGUGUAAGGAAGCAGCCAGAAUAUUUUUGGAUACGUCACCAAACCUUACGGAAUGCAAGCAAAGAGUAAACACUGGCAAACCGUUGACACAUGCAAACACUCUUCUUCUUGGCCGAAAUCUCACAGAAGUUCUUAACAUAGCUUGUAGUUUUCAUAGCAUAGUGAAACAGGCACAAGAAAAGCGACAACAAAAUAAAGAUGAUAUUGUGGGAGAGACUUCAUUUGGCCUGCUAGAACAACUGAGAAGUUUUGUGUUGAGGGAAGGCAAUGAAAAUCUGAGUUUACAGGAAAGUAAUGUUCAAGAGCAGCAGCCUAACUGUGAUCAGGCACAUCAAGUGUCCGAGGUUAACAACGGCAAGGAAGCAACACCCAAGAAGAUUGAACACUUACAGACCAAUACAGAACAAACAUUUUCACCUCCACUUACACUGGAUUCACUAGUGUUGCAGGAUGACAGAUCACAGCCAUGUUCACAGUCUGAUGUUCUCCAUUCUGAACCGUCACCACAACAUCUGAACACUCCUAAGAGAAGCAACUUGCAGAAAGGAGAAGCUUCACUAGCUGAGAACUACAAGAACUUGGUACAGGAAUGUAGUGCAGGGCUUGAUUUGUCAUCAUCUCCAGAUAAGUCUCAUACAAAAAACAGGAAUGGUGGAUGCAGAACACCUAUAAACCAGCCAAUCAGUGCUCCACUAGUCCCUGAACUUGAAGUGGAGAAUCAGUCAGCCAUUGCAGCAAUUGCUGGUAUCACGUUCAGGAGCUCUCAGUCAUCACAAGUACUGGUAACUAACCCAUCCCAAAUGGCUCCGAUAUGUACAAGUCUACCAACAAGUACAAACAUGAACCUGCUUAGUGAUCCGAUUGUCACUCCAGCAAGUACAGGUGGCCCACAAACUUACUCUUUGACCAGUACCAACACACAACAGGUCUACUCAGCACAAUCCGUAGCCAUCUCAACAAAUUGCAAUCUGGUCUCGUCAGUGACUCCUAGUUUCAGUGCUCCCCAGCCCAUUAUGUCUACUGCUUCAACCAGCUUUCUGUACCCCAAUACCCAGCCGAUGGUUUUAACCAAUUCCGAUGUGGAUGGGAUUGACAAGCUACCUGAUCCUCCCAUCAUAAUGCUCAAUAGUCAGUACCAACCAGUGGAUGCUAAUACCAGUUCUGCUUCAUAUUUUGGAGGACCUCCUUGUGCUGCUUCUACUCCUCGCAGUACGAUGUUCGCUCCUGAAGACACAGCGUGUAUUAUAUAUCCUCUAAUUUCUACCACUCUGCCAAGAAAAAAAAAGAAAGUCAAAGAAAAGCCACAAGGAGUGACUUCCUUAAGAAAAUUACUCCCCAAACCUCCUCGUAAAGAUCCUCCAAAUAUUAUACAUGUCAAGGUUUUACCUCAAAACAUAGAUGAAGAAGAUGAAGAUGAAGAAGCGAACGAUUCAAACAAUGGCUUGGAAAAUGAUAAUAACGAAAUGGAGUUAGCCAAAGAACUUCCAGAACUUGGAGAGGGAGGGGAACAUUCAGAAAUUGAAAAGGAAAAUACUGUGAAAGAGGAUAUACUUCAGCCGAGAAGCAAAGAUGAUAACAGUAUCACUAUUGAUGAAAAAAUGUCUAGAGAAAACAAUACUGAUAAAGAGAAAUCUACUGUAGAGAAAGGUAAUGAUAAAGAAACACAAGUAAAUACACCAAAACCAAAAGCGCUAAAAAAAAAUAUUAGUCGCUCAACCCCAAGACGAAAUAGCCAUAUUCGUGCUCUGAGUUUUAAUACACCUCUAAAACCAACAGUUAAUAGAAAAUCUAAUACCUCACCAAAAAUGCCUAAAAUAAGAUUUUCUCCUCGUACCAAUAAACUAAAUAAUAUAAAACGUUCUUCCUUAUUUAAAUCUCCAACCAGUCCAAAAUCUCUCAAGGAUCUUUCCCGUUUAACAGAAGAUGAUGAAAAUGAAUCUCAUGAAGAUGAAAAAGAAACAAAGAACAAUGAAAACUUGAUUGGAAAAUCUUCAAAGACACAAACAUGUGGAAGAAAUUUAACAUCAACACAGAAAACUCCAAAACAAUCUUAUUUACAUUUAGAAAAUGAAGAAGCUGAAAAAGAGAACAGUGGAGACUUUUUUGAAAAAUCAUCUCUGACAAAAAUACCCAUUGCUACAAGAAGCCCUGCACCUAAGUUGAGUAAUGCAUGGAAAGAAGUGAAUGAUAUAACAAUAACUGAAAAACCACAGUGGGAUGAAAAAAUUAGAAGCUUCAUCAGUGGGGAUUUUGUUGAUCCAGCUCCCCCCCCUAAGAUGAAAACAAAAAGAAAGACUAAAGAAAAAACUUCUUCCCAUGAAAAAAUAUCAAAAGAAGUGUCAGUUCAAGAAAAUAAAGGUGAAAGAAGGUCAUUGAGAUUGACGAAAAAGAAUGAGAAAUCCUCAAAAAAAUAUUCUACAAAAACAAAUUGCUCAUCAGUUGUGAAAGACACUCCUAAAAAAGUUAUUUUAGCUAGUUCCUUGCAGAGUAUUAAAAAAAGUAACCACAGUAGGAAAAGAGCUUUAAAAAAGCCUCAUGGUGAAUCACAGCAGAGUGUUUCUAGCAGGGAAAUAAGUUCUUCUAGUGACGGUAGUUUUACAACUUUAAACCAAACUGGUUCAAGUUUGAACAGAUAUGACAAUAAAAAUGUAGAUAUUGAUUCAUCUAAGCCAAAAAAUGAUAUCCUUGGAAAGUGUUCUGAUGUAAAUGAGAAGGAACCAACAACAGAAGACAAUGUUUUAACAACUACAAACAACAUUCUGUUAGAAGAUCUUGUUGUAUCUUCCAAUAGUUGUUUUCCACAAAUAGGGGAUGAUGUGGGAAAUGAACGGAAUAAAUUAUCAAAAGAGAUAUCAAGGAGAUUAAAUGAGAAUUCUAUGGAGAAACAACCCCCUGUAUCUGAUAAUCACACAAUUCUAGAGUCAGAUGAGACACCCUCUUUAAAAACUUGUUCACCAGAGUUUGCACUACCCCAUGUGCCCACUUUAGAAACACCACUAAAAGAGUUUCAAAUCAUUACUCCACAAACAUGUUUGAACACUCCCAUGUUGAACAUCAUUAGGCAGGAUGUAUCAGUUCUUGAAGAAGAUCUGUUAUUAACACCCAGUCUGCCGCCAACCCCGCAGGUGAACUUUUUUAAACAACCAGUUAAAACACCAUGUAAAUCAAAAAUGAGCCCUAAUAAUAAUCAUAAGUAUAAUGAAGACAAAACCAGAUAUGUGGAACAAAGUUUGCAUUAUGUAUCUGAUAUAAAAAGUGCCAAAUCCCCCACAACCAUAAAUGAAAAUAAAACACAAAGUUCAUGCAAGCAAAUUCAUGGCAUAAAUUCAGAAAGUAUCAAUAAUGAGCCUCAAACUACUCAUGAAAAGAAUUCAAAAGCUGACGCAAUAAUUUCAAAGAAACUUAAGCAAGAAAACAUAAUCACAAUACAAAAACCUAAAAAUGACGUUAUCAGUACUAGUACAGAUAGUAGUGAAGAUGAUAUUGUCAACAACUAUGUUGCUAAACUACAAAAUAACAAAAGUAAUGUAACAGUACAAACUAAAUUAGCCAAUAAAAGUAAAAUAAAUACACCACCCAGUAAAACUAAUAUAUAUACAUCUUCAGAAAGCAGUAAUGAUGGAAUAGAUUAUACAGUGAAAAAUAAUCAGACAAAAACUAACAUGUCAAAACUUUCUAGUAUGAUCCUACAAAAUGAAAGAAAGAAACUUGAUUGUAAAACAAAAAUACCUGCCUGUAAUAAAAAACAGAAAAAAAUGCUUAAGAAGUGUUCUCAAAGUACAGCAAGCCUUAGUUCAAAUUUUGUAGAAUUAAGUUCAAGUAAAAAAAUUGAAAAAAGUAUCAGAAAGAAAAGUAAAUCUAUUGAUAAGAAUAGUAUUUCAGAAGAAGAAAAGGAACAGAAUUCAGCAAAACAAUCAAAGAAGAAUAACAGUCCAAAAAUUAGUUCGAGCGUUAAUAAAUUUGAAACAUCAUUGACACCAGAAAAAGUUCGACAACAACUUCAACUUGAUUUACUAAAACGAGAAAGACAGAUGAUUUUUGGUGAUGGAGUUUCGUUUAGUUCAGAUUCAGAUACAGAAACAGAAGUUUUUGAAAGAAAAACAUUUGUUGCUAAGAAAACAAAAUCAAACAAGUCUGAAAAAUUAAAAAGAAAAUCAUCACAAGAAGUAAACAGUGAUAUUUCUUCUACUAUAUUUCCUACCAAGGAUCAAGAAAAAGAAAAGUUUGAGAAAUGUGCAAAAUUUGAAAACUCAAAACAAAACAAAGCAACUAAAGAUAGUAUUGAGUUAAAAAAAGAUGACAGUACUGUUGAGGAAAUCACUGUAAUGAUAAAGGCUAGUUCUGAGAAAACCCAGCAUGAAUUGGUUGAAGAUAGUAAUAAAGAAGUAUUAAGAGCUGUUGAAUCAAUAGCUUUGAUUUCUCCUUGUCAAUCUUCUCAAAGUACAGUUAUAAAGUACACUGAGAGAACUACAUAUACUGAGCUCUCUAAUAGUAGUAGUUAUAUAAAUGAAAAUAAUUCAGAAUGUAUAGAAAAUUUUAAGGUACAAGAACACUUAGCAAGGAGCGUUGGAUCAAAAAACAUUAUUAGUUCUGUUAUUAAAGAUAAGUCAUUAGAGGACAAUUAUAAUACAAAUGAGGAAGAUGUAAAUUUGAGUAAUUCACAUGUUAAAAAUAAUGGUGUACACGAGAGUGAAAUUACUAGAGAGAGUGAGGAAAAGGAUACCAUUUCAGAAAAAGACUUACCAAGACCUCCAACUCCAUAUAGAAUCAAUCCAGAUAAUGUAAGAAAUGUUCCAAAUCCUAUCAAUCAGUCACAAUUUAGUGAGAGCUCUGAAGUUGAAGAAAAUCAUAUUUUUGUUGUAAGUAGUACCACUUGUACCAAAAUAAAUACUAGCUUUUGUACAUCUGAGUUUGAUCCUAAUAUGAAAUGUGGUUUUGAAGUUGAUGACAAUAAAGUUAUAACUGCUUCUUUCUCUGAGAUGAUACUACAUUUGGCAUUACCAAGCAAAACUUGUAAUCAUAUAAAAAAAACCUCUCAGGAAAAAAUACCAUCAGGUGGAGAAAUUUCAAAAUACCCAGCUGGUAAAAGAAGAGUAAAACUAACACCUGUUUGUGAUGAUAAAUAUGAACAAAAACUGAAAGUAGAUUAUGAUAUUGAUGAGGAGGGCCAUAUUAUUAAUAAGAAAGGAGAAAAACGAAUUGUUAGCGAUUUAGAUGUUCUUGAUGUAAGUUGUAGCACUAUUGAGACAAAUAUUUCAUUGGCAGAGAACAAUGCAUCAAUUCCGAGUUCAUUUGAACUUAUUACUUCAAAACAGCUAGUGAAAGAUUCAAAGGUGCGGGAAAAUGAACAAAAAUGUAAUUUAACAAAAAAUAUAACUGAUAGACCUGAAACAUCUAGAAAUGAAAAUAAAAAUUGUUCAUUUUCUGAUUUGAAAAAAUGUGAAGUUGAUAAUAACACAACUGAAAGUAAAUAUGAACAAUAUAUAAGUAGAGAACGAAAUCAACAUUACACAUGUAGAUAUGAUAGUAAAAUGACCUCAUCUAGUGAGAGUGCAGGUAGACCAAAAGAGGGAUCUCGUAGAAAGGAAGCUGAUCAGAUUUCUUUGAAUGAAAGUGUGUCAAGUGAAGAUAAAAGAAAUAAGUAUAUUCAUAGAACACAUUCAGAUAGGAGGAAAGAAAGAGAGUCAAGUCAUAGAAGAAUGGAUAGUUCUCAUAGAAGAAGAUCAUCCGAAGAGAUCAAACAAAACAAGAAAUAUUUUGAAAGAAGAAGAUGUAGAGACUAUGAUCGAAGAGUUUACUCAGAAAGAAGAUACUAUACUUCCACUCGUAGGCAACGAAGAGAGGAAUCGUCUAGUCCUGAAAGUAGAAGACGUGGUUUUAAACAGCAUACAUCAGAGACAUCUCUAGCAAGAUGUCACAGCAGUAGGACACUUAGAAGUAAUACAGAUAAGAAUGCUUUAUUUGUUAAAAAAUUGAAUGUGCACUAUGAAGAUGUUGACAAUGUAGAAAAAGUAGGAAACCGAAGUGGAAAAGAUGAAAGUAUACUAAACCCCACUGUAAAAGUUGAUCCUAGAUCUGCACAGAUCAUAACUUACAGUGAUUUAGAGAAGAAUGAGUCAUCUAGUGAUGGAGCACCCAGCCUCAUGGACUUUGCAGUAAUGCAUAAAACCAAAGAUAACAGGUCUGCCACAAUUUCUCCCCAUAGCUCUCAACAGCUGGAUGUGGACAAUGAUAAAGUAGAUUCAUCCCUGAGUCAUAAAAGGAAAGCUCUCGAUGAUGGUGAAACAGGAUUGGAUACACCUCAAACCCACAAAAAGCUGAAGUUGGGUGAAGUGGAGAUGAAGGAAGCAAAGAGUGUUCUAAAACAUAAAAUGGCUGACAUGUUGAACGUUCUACACCCAGACACAAGCAAUGAAGCAUCUUAGCAUCUCUUGUCAGCCCUAGGGCUAUGUUGUGUACAAAAACAGCAAGAGGAGGUUAGGUUGUUGUGUCUGCAGCUACGAGAUGGUGGAAACAAGGAUUAAUAGUUUUAUUGUCAAUAGAAAUUAGGAACGGUAAUCUAACACAUACUUGGGUAUUUUACAGAGUUUCCUUCCUAUGGUAAAAUUCAGGUAAUUCCAAGUAGUAUUGUUUAUCCUAUGUGAUACGGAGACUCUCAUGGAAAAACUUCAUGUACAGAUUAAGUUUUAACUUUUAUAGUGUGAAACCUACUAGCGUAGUCUGUUUUUUGUGGCAAUAUAGAUUUUUUACAUCAUCAGUUUCAAAGAAUCCCGGUGGAAUCCCAAGUUAAUUUUAUUUAUUAGUUCUUGUAAAUACAAGUGAUUUAUUUUAUCUAGGAGUAUUGUAGUGAGUCCAUACAUUUCAUCUUGACACUCACUGAAUAACAAGUAUUAUAAUGGCACUUUCUUUUCUAUAAUAUUAAAUUAGUUAUUUAUUUAAUUGUUUUUAAACAUUAAUAAACCAAUAACUGUUGGUCUAGUGAAUUUAAAUGUUAUAAUAGUUUUUGGAUUACCUAUUGUAUCCUAAUUUAUAAAAAUCUACGAAUUACUUUUUAAAUUGACGAUAAAGCAAUGUAUAAAAGCACCAUAUUAAAUUGUCUAACCAUAUGCAUUUAAUUGUUAUAAAACUAAUUUCUUUAAGUUUAAAGAAAAACUGUUUUCUAGUUUAGCCUUAUUUGUGUAAACUUCCAUAGACUAUUGAUUUUGUGCAUGCACUUGAUACGUGGUCAGUACUUAUGACACCAUGUACAUUUGUUAGUUUAUAAUGCUGAACGUUUUAAGAUAUGUAAUGACAUAUCUUACUUAUUGGAAUGGACAUUUUUAUUUAUUUAGUCUCUAAAAAUUGUUAUGUAACAUUGAUUUCCUUAAAUUUAGUCCUCAAAAUAUAUUAGAUUUGUAUUGUG